AUCGCUCAAUGCCCUCAUCAAGGCAAGGUGGCCUCUAUGAUUUUAUUGAGCAAGGAAUGGAACAGAAGUUCUUUAAUAUCGUGAAGAACUUAUUCUUUCAUCAAAGAGAAUGGGAGAUUGACCAACAGGAAGAAAAAGAACAGGAGGAAGAAGGAGAUUCUCAAGCAGACUUCUUCGGCGAGGAGGAUUCGUCGACUCUAUCCAUCCAUAAAACAGAAAGUGCAAGUGCUCACGAGGAAGAGUGCUUUCAAUCCACCUAUGACGAGGAGGAAGAGGAUUUGUUAUCUCUGAUAAAUUUAGAGAACCUCACCCCGUCACAAAAUUCUCUCAUAACAGCUGUGUUGAGAGAAUGCGAAAAGGAGAAAAUACUCCCAAUCCAUUUGCCUGAGGCGGAGAUUCCGGUAAUAACAAUUGAUCAAGAUAUCCCUCUAAUUACUUUGGAUGGAGAAGAAGAUAAAAACCUCUUCAAGGAAAAAUCAGCUCUCUCGCAGAAGAUAGACGAUGCCGCAAAAAAGUUCUUUGCGGAGAUAAAACUCAGGAAGAGAAAGGACAUCACGAUAUUAGAUAAUAAUAUCGUGAAUAAUAAAUUUGUAAUGUUUGGGAAAAAAUCCAAAAUUCAAUAA